UUUGCAACGUACCUACUACGUACGCUCAUACCCCCACCCCUUCCCCCUUGUUUAACUUUCCUAUAGUAGAAAGGAAUGAGCUCUUUGUUAGUCAUGUGCCAGGCCCAGCUCCUCACAUCCAAGAGCUCUAAUUUGGGUCUUCGAUCAUCAUCUCCAUCUCCAUUGAAUUCAUCAUUAUUUUGCAAGAUUUCAAACUCAUUGAACCUGGAAAAGCAUAAUAUCGAUGAUGAUCGUCGUAUCCAACUAAUUAUCCCUAAACAUGUUGCUUUGAUAAUGGAUGGAAACAGGAGAUGGGCUAAGGCUCGAGGUUUACCUGUGCAAGAGGGCCACAAAUUUCUUACUCCAAAUCUCAAAAAUAUUUGCAACAUUUCUUCCAAACUGGGAAUACAAGUUAUCACUGCUUUUGCUUUCUCUACUGAAAACUGGACCCGUUCCCAGGAGGAGGUUGAUUUCUUAAUGCAACUGUUCGAGGAGUUCUUUGAAGAAUUUAUGAGGGUUGGAGUACAAGUGUCUGUUAUUGGCGGUAGAUCCAAACUUCCCAUCACGUUACAGAAACGCAUAGAGUUAACAGAGGAGACCACAAAAGACAACACAAGACUUCAUCUUAUGUUGGCACUAAACUAUGGAGGACAUUAUGACAUUCUAGAAGCAACCAAGAGCAUUGCCAGUAAAGUAAAGGAUGGUCUUCUACAGUUAGAGGAUAUCGACAACAAAUUAUUUGAUGAAGAACUCGCCACCAAGUGUGCCAAGUAUGCUAAACCUGAUUUACUCAUAAGGACUGGUGGAGAACAGAGAAUCAGUAACUUCUUAUUGUGGCAGCUCGCUUACUCUGAACUGUAUUUUACAAAUACUCUAUUUCCUGACUUUGGCGAACAACAUCUGAAGGAGGCCAUACAUUCCUUUCAACAAAGGCACAGACGUUUUGGUGGACACACAUAUUGAAACGCAUUACUUCCCGUCCUUGUAUCUCUUACUUUAUGUGUUUUAGCAUUUCGUGAUCGCAUAGUUUACCACCUCACUCACAAGUACCUCAAAGAUUCCCAAUCAACCACAAUCAAAACCUUCAUAUUGAUUCUGAAUUAACAAUAACUAGUAUAUAUAUAAAUGAAUAAGCAAACUAUUUUUGGAAUCAUCGCAUCCAAUACAUCAUAUA